AUGGAUAAUAGCCAAAAUAACGACCAGCAUGGAGCGGCAGAGGAGCAGCUCGAAAGACAGCAGGCGAUGGCCCUGGUUGGAGUGCCAAUGCCGACGCUGACCAUCAGCAACACCCUAGGAUGCCUCAAAUGCGACAAGACGAACACCGUCAGCUACGUCCAGUUCCAGACGAGAAGCGCCGAAGAGCCAAGAACGACAAGUUGCGAAUGCGGGAAUUGUGGCCACCGCUGGAAGUUUUCGUCACGUCCGGGCGCACCAGAAGUGAAUAUAGACAGCACUUAG